GAUGUUAGCCAAUAAAAACGUAUAAAACUAUUUGAUGAUGAUUAAUACAAUGCAAUUUUAUAAAGUAGAAUGUUAGAAAAGAGAAGCCUAAUAGAUUAUCUAUAAGGUAAUUAAAUGGUAUAUAAUAUUACAAGAAGAGUAAAUUUAUUCUAAAUCAGGAAGAUUCUAGGAUAUAGCUAUCUUAAAAUUUUUGCAUAUGGAUAGAAGUUAUGCUAAAAAAAUGUACAUCACAAAGAACACCUUUGGUGUGCUAAAGAACCUCCUUGGAAUUUUUGAAAGAAUUAAUGAAUAUAUAGAUGGAGAGAAUAAAUUUAAGGCAAAGUCUAAAAAAGCUGUUUGGAAUAAAUAAACGAUAUUGGCAAGUAAAUCCAGAAAGAAAUAUUGUAUAUUCUUAGCGGUAUCAACUAAAAAAUUAGAAUUCAAUAUAUAUAAUAAUAAGUUAAAACAAUUAUUAGUUGUGUAACAUGCUUUUGAUCCAUCUAUAUAAUAUAAUUUUUAUUCUCUUACCUUAGGUUGCAAAUGUGGCUUGACUUUUAAUUGUUCUUAUUAAGUAUGUAAGGUAUAGGAAAUCAUAAUAUCUAUUUCAUGA